AAAAAAAAAAAAAAAGAAAAGAAAAUUACAAAGUAAUGAUAAACCAAGAAGGAGAAAAUGCUUUAGAGAAUAAGCACAUGGAAGUGAGAGAAAAUGUUUUACAAAACAAAAGUUGGUUCAGCUAUAUCAGCUGUUGAAGAAAGCAAAUAGUAUGAAGUCUCAAACUAGACCAUUGAUUUUAUUUAUUUUUUUCUUCUUUCUUUAUGGAUUAAGAUGUUUUAAAGUCUGAGCAUGAUCACUAGGGAUGAAAUCUGAAGAACACAGAAGGAUGGAAAGAUGCUGGCCCCUUGAUUCAGCUACUGAAUUGGAAAACCCUAGGCUAGUCUCUCUUUCUUCAAACAUGUCUGAUGGCAGAAUGGAAGACUUUACUAAAACUAGACCUUUGGACAUUGGACCUAUCUAUUUCUUUGAUCAGAUUUAUUUCAUUUUAGAUGAAACCAAAAAAGAAAAAAUGGGAAAAGAGAGACUGUUUCCCCUAUUUGGAGCACGCUUCAGAAGAAAAACAUAGGAAUUGUAAAUCUUGUGAAUUACAGUUGGCAUGAUCUCAUUGAAGAAGCUAAUAAAUAUGAAACCAAAAUGUCAAUGUUGAAGAAACAGGAUGCCUUGCAAAACAAUUCCAGUUCCAUGAUAGUUGACAAAAUCAGCAACUACCCAAUAGAACGUCAUAAGGAAAAUCUUCUGAUGAAAACAAAAAGAGAUCGCCACCAUUUUGUAUCAAUUAAUCCUAUGAAAAAAAUAUCUGUUUUCAGCCAAAAGCAGUAUUCCCAGAUCUUCCAGGAAAGCAAUUUACCUUUUGUCAUUCACUUCUCACUGUCGUCCAAGGUCUGUUUAGAAAAUGGUUGGAUCUUUCACUAUCCUCACACAAAAUUGGAAAUUCGGAAAUGGAAGACAGUCCUCGAUAUUGCUGUGAAGAAGCUACAAGAAGCCAUAAUUCAAAUCAAAACAGAAGCAGCCAAGCUGAAGAAAGAGGGAUUCAACAAACGACUUAUUCUGCGCCACUAUAAUGAUCCUAAACAGGAGGCAGAGGUGGACAACAGUCCCCUUGGUUCUCACUAUUUCUGGCUGGAGCUGCUGAAGGGGAAGCCUCAGAUGCCAGCAGUCCAACAGGAUGACCCAGGGAUGAAAAAGUUCCAUUACGCCUUGAUAGACGGUUCCUCCAUGAUUUACUAUCCGUCUGGCCGUGUAGCUGUCUGUCAAAGCUAUUCUGCCCUCCCUUGGGGUGGCAUGUACACCAACAUAUUCAGUGACUUGCCAGAUCAAGUUAUCCUUGGGACCUUUACACCUUUUGGAUGUGGUAGUAUUUCUUUUCCUAAGGGCCAAAUAAUAUCAAUGAUGUUUAAUGAGGAUGGAGGCCUGGUGAUCAACAAAAAUGGAUACAUUGUAAGAGAAUGGGCAUGGCCUUCAAAGGGAAAACUUGAUGAUCCUGUUGAAAUUUCGGUGAAUGCAUUCAUCACAGUGAAGAUUUCUGGGCGCUUUGCCAUCUCCUUGGUCUACAAAUGGUAUCCUCAAAGCCUAAAGCUGUCUCUGGCACCUGUAAAAUGCAGGUCCUCCACGUUUCCUCCACACACCCCUGAGACACCAUUCCCUGAUGUCAAUCCCAUCUCCAAAGAAGCCAGGGAGCUAUUCAAGGCCUACAAAAUGAAGUGCAAGCUAAUGAAAUCCAUUACUCAGAUCAAAGAUCGUUCAAGUUUGUCAGGUGCAGCGGAUACUGCUACAUUUGAUACAGCAAUGGACAUAAGCCCUAUGUCUGACAUUGCGACAGUUAUUAAAUUAAGAAGACUACAGAGAAAAGCCAAGCACAUCCUAUUUAACUGGCUGGAUUACUACAGAUUUUCAUUGGGAAUAGAAUGUCUGCACGUGUGCAAAGUGCCCAGGUUUCAACCAAAAGUGGUCAGGAAACAAGAAGUCUCCCGAGCAGAAUUUCUUCUGAAACCAAGUACAAAGGAAAAAGAUGAGAAUAAGGAGUAUCUUCUAUACCGAAACACCUUCCUAAAACUGAAGGGUGUCUUUCAGCCUUCGCCUCUCCCUUGCAUCCAGAAGACUCCAGCCAGCAAGUGUUCCUUUAGGCUUCCCCUUCCCAUUCAGAGCAAGGAUGGGCAGUUUGCUCCCCAUCUGGCUUGUCCUGUGGUCCUAAGGAGAAUGCUCUGUAGGAAGGAAGGGCCCAUUUGCCGAUGUAGCACUUACAGCGUUCCCGAAGUGACAGACCUGGAGUAUGAUCACCUUAUAAACCAGCAGUUGUCCUCCAUGGACCAGAUUAUUAUAGUCUAUGUGUUCUCAGCUAAGGAAAAGGACAAGACUAUGAAGGAAGUGAACAAAGUGUACAGGGAACAGAAUAAAGCUAGAAACAUGCCUUGUACUCAGAGUCGUUUGGAUUCCUUUCGAUUUCUCAAAUACAACAUAAUCUCUGCAUCUAAAUUUACAGGCAGCAAUUAUCCACUUCUGGUUCAAAGGCACAAUGUCGUUCCAGGAAUUUUUUUGAUGUACAUCCAAGGAAAAUUACUAUUUGCCAACUUUAUUUUCAAUGGUUACAGCACAUCUGCUAAAGACCUCCAGAAGCAAAUUGUGAAGACAAGGGGUGAUUAUCAUAUGGGAUAUUUCCUACCCAGUGACUUCAGAAUCCGGGCUCAACCUACUUCAUGUUUUGGAAAUGAAGAUAUACUUCUCUAAAAAUAAAAAUUAAACAACAUUAAAAAAAAAACCUCACCAAAGAAAUUCUUAGCAGCAUAUGAUAUCCAGAUCAAAGAGAAAGUACUGUAGAAAAUGGUCAUUUGAAUGGAGUGGUUUUAAUAGGAAUAAAAAAAUUAGAGGAUAAAA